CUCAGAUUUGCUUCUGCCGAGGGGUGUGCUCUCAGACACCCCUUCGUGCCUCAUGUACUCCCGUUAGGUGUACGGGGUUAGGUCGGGAGGCGUUUCAGUGGCUCUUUUCAGCUAGGACUCCCACCUUCAGUCCGACUCAGUACCAGAAGGCAACGCUCGUGGAUGCCGCUAAGGGCGGGGGCUCCCUCAGUCGACACGGGUACGCCGGGUUCAGAAGGGCUUUUUGCGCUGACGCCCCAGGCUCUCCGCGAGCCUCGGGGCUUUUCGUGAGGGGGAAGGGGCGGGGGAAAGUCGGCCGCGGGCAGCCGGCGGGGCCGGCCCCGAGCAGCCUCUGGCAGCCGCGCAACGGCGGCCGGCGGGGAGCGGGCGGGAGCCAAUGGGGGCCGGCGUGGCCGAGUGACAGGCGGGGCGGCCGCUACCCCCGCCGGGCGGUCGAGGCGGGGAGCCGGCAGCGCCGCUCAGCAGCAGCAUCCGCGGGGUUGACACGCGCCUGUCAUCCUCCUCUCUCCCCCGGCAGCCGCGGCGAGAGAGGCCGGCGGGAGGAGCGGAACGGAGCGGGGGGCGCCGCGACAGACAAAGAAAAGAUGGCAGGGAUCCUCGCCUGGUUCUGGAACGAGCGGUUCUGGCUGCCUCACAACGUCACCUGGGCCGACCUGCAGAGCACGGAGGAAGCCUCCUUCCCGCAGGCGGAGGACCUCUACCUCGCCUUCCCGCUGGCCUUCUGCAUCUUCAUGAUCCGGCUGCUCUUCGAAAGGUUCAUUGCUAAACCAUGUGCCUUAGGCCUUAAAGUCCAAGCCAAUGGACCACAGAAAGCUCAACCUAAUGCUAUCCUGGAAAAAGUUUUCACAGCCAUUACAAAGCAUCCAGAUGAAAAGAGGUUGGAAGGCCUCUCCAAGCAGCUGGACUGGGAUGUACGCAGCAUUCAGCGUUGGUUUCGACAAAGACGCAACCAGGAGAAGCCCAGUACUCUUACAAAGUUCUGUGAGAGCAUGUGGAGAUUUACAUUUUACCUUUAUAUAUUUACCUAUGGAGUACGGUUCCUGAAAAAGACACCCUGGCUUUGGAAUACCAGACAGUGCUGGAACGGUUACCCAUAUCAGCCACUGAUGCCUGACCUUCAUUAUUACUACAUUGCUGAAUUAUCAUUCUACUGGUCCUUAAUGUUUUCUCAAUUCAUUGACAUCAAAAGAAAGGAUUUUGGCAUCAUGUUUACACAUCACAUUGUAACAGUCACCCUGAUAACCUUCUCAUAUGUAACCAAUUUGACACGAGUGGGAACCCUGACCUUAUGUCUCCAUGAUGCGGCUGAUGUUGUCCUAGAGGCUGCCAAAAUGGCAAACUAUUGCAAGUGUCAAAAACUGAGUGACCUUCUGUUCCUUACGUUUGCCAUUGUCUUCAUUGUCAGUAGGCUUGGCAUAUAUCCUUUAUGGAUAUUAAACACUACAUUGUUUGAACUGUAUGAAGCUCUGGGCAAUUUUCCUGCCUUGUGGGUCUUCAAUGUGCUGCUUGUGGUUCUUCAAAUUCUGCACUGUUUUUGGUCUUACCUAAUAAUAAAGGCAGCCUACAAAGCUAUUUCAAAGGGCAAGGCUGGAAAGUGGAACCCCUUGCAUGUAACAAAGGAUGACCGAAGUGACAUUGAGUCAAGCUCAGAUGAGGAAGAAACAGUACCUCGUUCAAAGACCCUGCACAGCACUAUCACCACGAAUGGGACCGGUGGUGCCAAUGGGACAAACGGGUAUCUUACUGGUAGCACUUGCUCAGAGGAGCAUUAAUCUUUGAGUGUCACAAGACACAAACAGAAUGAACUGUUUGCUACUGCAAGUAAAUUAUAAGUUGUGAAUGCAGUUUCUUCAUAUAUCUCAGCAUCAAAAAAAUUAGGAGUAUCAAAGCAUUCUGAUAGUGCACUGCCAUACUCCCUGUUUGUGAAUGAAGACAACACAUCAUUCUGUAUACGUAGGUAGGCAUGCUGUAUGUGUAUGUAAUUGACACAAUGGGAGCAGUAUUUUCACUUAUACCAUCUUUGAAAUAUUAUUUAUUCUAUAUUCUUUCUGGGAACUUCUGGACAAAAGGGAACAUCCAUUCUCAAACUUUAUUUCUUGGGAUUCUCAGUGGUGGAGAGCAUCAUGCUCUGAUCUCUUCUGUCCAUCCCUGUUGCUUUUGCUGAGUCUGCUAUAAAUAAUAGUUGCUUGAUUUGUUACUUACAAAAGAUAGAACAUAGCUUUACAGAUUCUAGUUCUGCUUCAGAUAUUUUUGCUACCUUUGUGUUUUAAAGUGCUGGUUUUGAAACUGCCUAUCAAAUCACACUGGCCAUUCCUUCAACAUAAAGUUUUAAAAGACUGGAUUGAUAUUUUGAAUACUAGGUAAUAUGGUCAAUUAGCAACUAGGGGAAAAAAACUGUUGUGAUUGUGGAAAUGUUAUUUUACCAUAACCUAAAAUUCAAAAUUGGUGGUUAAUUGCAUUAGAAGUAGACUUAAUUAGUUGUGCAAAUGUCCAGAAGCAUUGAUGUCAACAGUUAGGAUAUGCUCAUUCUUGCCUUUUAUUUUUCCUUGCAAUUUUUGACAUCUAUAGAUUUCAGCUUUUUACAGAGAUUUCAUGUUGAAAGGUAUUUGUUCAAGUGCACCAUUGUGAAUCCAGAACUCACUCCUGAAACUAUUCUUGCAAGUUCAGAAGGAUGAGAGCAGAGAAGGAAAAAAACAGCAGAUGAAAUGUCAUUGCUUCCUUGGACACAGUUUAUUCUAGGUAUCAUUCUUACAGUUAUUGCUACUUUUGUGUUAGGCUGAAGAAAGAGAAGGCAGAAUGUCAUACAUUACUAGAAGUAGUUUAAAUGCAUGAAAACUUGAGCAAAAUUCAGUUAACAUAAUUCACAGUAAAAUUUGAAGGCUCAGCACUAUUCUAUCACUUUUAUAAAUAAAACUGUGUCUGUUAAAUAAUUUUACUCUCCUAUUUCAUCCAAGAUUUACAAACUGUGUCCCAAAGAAGACAAAAUAGUACCCAAAAUAAGCAUCAUUUUAACACAAUAUACCCACUUCUUUCUAGAUCAAAGUUUGAUACAGGAUGCUAAGGAGCAUAAAACUCUUGCGGGACAUUUUUCUGUGAUUUGUGACAGCAGUGCCAAAAGUAGGCAACGUUCUUGGGCAACAGACUCUAUGCAACCUACUGUUCAACAGUAUUGUGUAUGUGCACACAGAACCAAUGUGCUUAUAGACCAAAGACUUAUAAAUAUAUAUAUAUAAAAGAAAAAAAGAGAAAAAUAUGGAAGGAAGGAAUAAACCAGGAAAAAAUGUUACAGCUUGUCUUCUAUACUGAAAGGGACUGGAGUGCUGUCUUCAGCUGAAAGUCUAGUCCAGGAAAUAUUUGUUAUUCCUUCCACCUAUGCAAAUGGUAAAACAUAGAUGGUUUCUGGCAUCAUAAAACAUGUUUAAAGGCUCUACUGUAUAGAGACUCCACUGAAGAAAGUUUUGGUUCCACUUCUCUCUUUCUGGAAAAAAAAAAAUAAAAGAUUUGUUCUAUUCCACUUGUGAAUAUUGAAAAUUUCUGAAACUCUUAUUGCUCAUAGGAACCAUUUGCACAUUAUCAAAAGAUGUGCUGCAAGUAAGGGCAGAAUAGUAUGAAUGAAAAUUGUACCGCCACUUAGUAGAGAAAACAUAGUAAGAAAACAAAAAACUUUUAAAUCAUGGGAGAAAAAUUGUCAAUUUUGCUACUUAUACAGCAUCCUUUAUAAUUCAGCAGUUUCAUAGUUCGUAUGUCCCUGGGCAUAUCUGAGAGAGUAAGAGAGCCGUAUUUAAAUCUCCCUCUCCUCUGAAAGCUUCUUUGCCUCUAAUUUUUUUCAUCUGUCUCCUGUGCCUCUGUUUUUAAUGCAGGAUAACCUGCAUUAAAAAACAUAAAACAUAUGCAUUAAAAAACCUGCAUUAAAAAACAUAAAACAUAUGAAGAUAGCAUAUAACACAGGUAAUAUGUAUGAAGAUACUGUGAUUGCAAUAGAAACUGUCCCAUCCACAGUAUUUGAAGUGGACAUUGCUUAAUAAUUAUUGUUAAGAUUAUAGUAGGGUUUUAAAACAAAAUGACCUUGAGAUUUAUUGAAGAAGCAUUAUUAGUUCUGAAAUCUGACCUGCUAAGAUGGUCAUUGAGAAUAACAUCUUAGAAUCAUAGAAUAUUCAGAGUUAGAAGGGACCCACAAGGAUCAUUAAGUCCAGCUCCUGGCUCCACACAGGACCUUCCACAAUUCAAACCCUAUGUCUAAAAAUGUUGUCCAAAAAUUCCUGGAAAUCUGCCCACUUGAGGUUGUGACCACUGCUCUGAGUAGCCUGCUACAGUGCCAACCAGCCUCUGGUGAACAGGCCUAAACAUACCUCUUUUGUGAUGUUCAUUUCUAUCUCUACUAGGUUUCCCUUUUGCAAAGAUAGUUACAAAAAUGGCAUUCUGGCAAGUAUUUUGUCUUAUGUGAGGACAGAAUGUUGCUCUCAACUGUCAGUGUACGCCUAUAGUACUGUAAUGUCUUUGAUAUCUGGGCAGAAAACAGUUCCCAUUAACAAUCUCCAAAGAAGAGGAAGGUAACCUUGGUCCCUGUUGAUCCUCACCAGCUGUUCUGUAUAGUGUUGAUUCAGACCUACAGUCAGUGUUACAACCGGAGUUGACUUAACUGCCUCUGGCUUAAUGUAUCCCCAUUGUUAAAUAAUGUAACUUGGAUUGAAAGUUGGAUUGAAAUUGGUUUGAAUUCUAAAUUAAGUUAUAUCUAUUAUGCACUAAAGCAUGUAAAUGCUUACUGUGGUUCUUCUGACCGCCAGUAAUUUAUUUAUCUCCUAUAAACCAGGCUUUCAGAAGUCCAUUCUUAGCAGCCUAGAAUAAGUACAAAUAUGUCUGGAAAACAGGCACAGUAACAGAGUCAAAUGGCAUGUUUGCAGAAAUGUGGUAAGAGCGAAGAAGCUUCAAGUACUUAACUAGACUUUGCUAAACAAUUUUUAAUGGAGAUGAAGAAUUCUUACAUUUUUUUUCUGUCCUUACUGAGAACGACCAAGUGUUUUAGUGAUCAUACUUGGCAGCAUGCUUUGAUUCAUUGCUUUGACCAAUGGAUGUCAAAACUUUGGCUUCAUCUUACAGAGAAUAUCAUGCACUUGCUUCCUUUUCAAUUGAAUUUGUUUGCUUCUUUGCUGAAGAGGUUUGUAAGGUGCUUUUGGAGGCUGUUACAUACUUAAAGGAUAAUCACACAUGUUCCUGAAAAUUUAUUAAAGUGGUUUGUAUGGCUCAUGGUAAAUGCGAUAUCUUAAAAGAUUCUGUAUAUUCAUACCUUUGGUAGAAUUGUCAUUUUAGAAAUGAGGGUUUGUAUUCUGUAACCUAUUUGUCUUCAACCUCUAUGCUCUCUUUCUGUAGUACAGUACACGGCACAGUGGUUAAGAUGUUGAAGUAGAAAAAUGAGGAGGUGAUGUGUAGAGUUUGUUAGUAAAUGGUAGGCAAUUUUCUUCUCUCCCUAGCCAGUCAGAGUAUAUUAAGAUUCAGGUCUCCUUUUGCUUACUGCUUUUCAUAUUGUCAUGUUUUGUACCAGAAAAAAAAAAUGUUGUUGAUCUUUUUCUUAAGAAAACAAAACAAAAACAAAUACUUAAACAAAAAUUGCAGAAAAUGGAAGAAAUAUCUAAUGAAACAACAGUGGUGAACGCUGGAGUCAUUUGGAUCUUGAUUGCUGUUAAAUAGUGCUAGUUAUAUAAUACCAAAGUGUCCCAUGCUGUUUCCUUGUUGCCAUUUUGUAGUUUUUCUAUGUGUUAAUUAUUUAAUGAUUCCAGCAGAACUGAAACAGGUGUUACAGCUUCAGAUGCUCCUGUUUCAGACUGGGACCAUUCUGUGUGAUUGCUGAUGCCAAAUCCUUUUUCUGAGAUCGAAGUACAUGCACUAAAGCUUUGCUUACAGUAAAAUGAUUCUUGUCUUAAAUCUGUGUCUGUUUUGAAUGAAAAUCACUUUAUAGUUCUGAACAGAACAUGAUGGCAAAAGCUGUUACCCUGCAGCAAAUGUCAGUGAUCAACUCGAGUCGAUUUAGACACUGCGUGUUUUACGCAGCCUAUUCUACUAGGAAGCGUAAUGCCUGUUGUGUUCAUCUUUUCAUUAGCACAGAGAAAUAUGGGCUAUCAUUGGUUUUCUACAGUUGAUGCUUUGGUAUUUUUUUAAUCUAUUUGCUACAACCCAUUUUUGUAUGUCUCCUACUUGUCUACUACUUGUGACAUUUGUUGUAAGAGAAGCUGUUGAACACUUUUUAUCCUUCCUGUAAUUUAAAACCUGUUAGGCCUAACUUCAGUGUUCUGCAAACUACAGUUGCCUUUAAACCAUAAAGAAAAACCAGUUUGUAUUACUUGCAUUGACGGGUUUGAUUUGGAGCAGGGACCUAAUGGGAACUUCAGGAAGACAACCUUAUUCUUUAUUUCUUUUCUUUUUGGAAAACCCUAAUGGAAGUUUGGCAAAGUGGUAUACAUGUAUAGCCUUUAAAUUGUAAAGAUUUCUGAUUGUAGUUGCAAUGAAAACACAGUGUUUGAACGUGUCUGUACAGAAUUCUGUUUUUGAAAUUGCUUUCCAUUUGAAAAAUGGCUGAAAAUGCUAUGAAAUGAUGGUUUUUAGCUGUGACAAUGAUUAUAUGUGAGGUGAAAAAAAACAACAAAAUGAUUAUCUUACCUAACCUAAAAUGAUCUGUGUAAUUAAAGGCAUUUUAUAGCUUCUGUUGAACUUCAUCUUCUCGUAGUCCCAGGAUUUAAGUUUCAUAGACUCUCAUAGAGUUUCAUAGCUCUCAUUCUGUACUGUGCAUGUUGACUGCCUGUUGCAAGUCAGGGUCAGAGUGAGGCAGAUGACACUAUUUCACCUGUGUUUUCAUUACAAUCCUGUGCUUGAGCAACUCUUUCAGAAAUGCAAUGAUAUGUAGGAACUCCGCUGUCCCAGACACAGUGAUGUGCUAGCUAGCUGAAAGUCCUUUUAUGUACAGUUGUUGCGUAGAACUUUGGGACUUAUUUUGUGUUUAACUCAGUUUGGUUUUGUUGGUUGUUUCUUUUUUUAAUAUGGAAAAUAAUUAUUCCUCAUAAAGUCUCUGGAACCAAUCAAUAUUGUGGGCUAUUUUAAUUUGGAGACACUUUCAUAAUAAACAUAAGUAU